AUACAUGGAGAUCAAAACCAGCUUUGUAUUUUGCUACCCAAUUCUUUAAUCGAUAGGGUUAUGAGUUAUGAGUAACCCUCCUCUCCUCAUCAUUUUACACACACAGAACCCACAUGCAUAUACUGUAUUUCAGCUCAAAGUUUGAAGAGGAGAUUAAUUCUUUCCUAAUUAAUGCAUCGGGCUACUACACAGCGCUUCACCCUAGGAAUAAUUAUGAAAAUAUCAUGAUAGCAGCUGAUGAGUAAUGGAGACAAGGAGACUGCUGUGGUUAAUGGCAUUGCUCUUUUCAUUAGUUUUAUUAGUUCAGUACAUUGAACUUCCAUAUGGUUAUGUUCUAUCAUCUUUCCUAUCUUUCACCAAAUCUCGAUCCAACUCGGCUAAAACGAACCAUGCUCGUGAUUCGUCUGUAAAUAUAACGAGCUCGUCUGAUGAACAUGUUGUAAGAAACAAGAGCUCAACACCAGAACUGGCUCCAGUACAACAUGGCUAUAAUGUUUCGAUACCGAAGUAUAUUUCCUCAAAGAAUUCUUCAUCGGUUGAUCUUCAGUUGACAAAUGCUGCUCCCACUAACACGAAAAAGAAAGACCGAAAUUCUCAGACAACAAUUCCACAAGUAGCAAAUAUGGUUCUGAACAAUGAAAAACCUAAGAAGAUAGCACAAAGUGAUCUUUCAGCUUCUGUUAAUAGUUCGUUCGUUAACGGAACUUCUUCUAAGAUGAGAAGAAGGUUCAAAGGACCUCCAAGUAGAGUCGUGCCUAUGUCCGAAAUGAAUCAUAUGCUGACUGAAAGUCGUCUUUCCUUUCGCUCUGUGAAACCACGGUGGCCUUCAGAAGUAGACAAAGAAUUACUAAAUGCAAGAACGCAGAUCGAAAGUGCACAAAUUGUGGAAACGAGCCCUCAUAUUGAUGUUAGUGUGUAUCGAAACUUCUCUUCAUUUCUAAGAAGCUACGAUUUAAUGGAGAAAACACUCAAGAUUUACGUCUACGCAGAAGGAGAAAAACCCGUAUUCCAUCAGCCAGAGCUUAGCGGAAUAUAUGCCUCAGAGGGAUGGUUUAUGAAGCAACUCGAAGAAAACAAGCACUUCAUCACUAAAAAUCCCCAAAAAGCCCAUCUCUUUUACUUGCCUUUUAGCUCCCAUUUAUUACAACAGACUUUGUACGUACCAAAUUCCCAUAGUCGCAAGAACUUGGUUCGAUAUUUGAGCAACUACCUCAAAACAAUCACCAAAAAACACCCUUUUUGGAAUCGAACCGAUGGUGCUGACCAUUUUCUUGCUGCCUGCCAUGAUUGGGUAUUAUAUAUACAUGUGUGUGUGUGUGUGUAUGUGUGUUUCUUGUUUUGUUUAUGCUUAUACGUUUCAAUACUAAUGAAACAGGCACCAGCUGAGACGAGCCGAAUAAUGAAGAACUGUAUAAGAGCUCUGUGCAAUGCUGAUGUCAGCGAAGGAUUCCACUUCAGCAAAGACGUAUCGAUACCCGAAACAUACGUACGCCAUCCUACAAAUCCACUCAAAGACAUUGGCGGAAAACCGCCUUCUCAACGGAAAAUUCUAGCCUUCUUCGCAGGAAAACUGCACGGCUAUCUCCGCCCCAUUCUGCUGAAUCACUGGGAGAACAAAGAUCCCGACAUGAAAAUCUCCGGUAAGCUUCAAGGGCUUAAAGGUAAUUUAACUUACAUCGAGUACAUGAAGAGUAGCAAGUACUGCAUAAGUGCAAAAGGCUACGAGGCGUACACACCUCGAGUGGUGGAGGCUAUAUUCUACGAGUGUGUGCCUGUGAUCAUAUCGGACAAUUUCGUCCCUCCGUUUUUCGAGACACUGAAUUGGGAGUCGUUUGCCGUUUUCGUGAUGGAGAAGGAUAUUCCGAAUUUGAAGAAUAUUCUUUUGGCGAUACCGAAGAAGAGGUACGUUGAGAUGCAGGAAAGGGUUAGAGGGGUGCAGAAGCAUUUCCUUUGGCAUAGGUCUCCUGUGAAGUAUGAUGUGUUUCACAUGAUACUCCAUUCUGUAUGGUACAAUAGGGUUUUUCAGAUGACAGAUGGCUGAUUUGUGUGACUUUCACUCGUAUAUAAUUUUACAGAAUUGCCAAU